CCUCGCUGCUGCGCGCGCGUGCCCCUGCGCACUCCCGUAGCUGGCGCUGGCUCAGGCCGAGCCCGCGCUGGAUCCGCGCCGUCUUCGAGCCUCCUCGCCAGAGCCCCGCCCGCCUGACACGGGCCGAUGGCUGCCGCCGCUGGACAAGAUCACACAGUCCUGCUGACGAGCGAGGGCACGGCCGUGGCCUGCGGCUGGAACGGGGAUGGCCAGUGUGACAUUCCUGAACUCGUCGCAGGCCAGAUCUACACGCAGGUCUCCGCUGGACAAGAUCACACAGUCCUGCUGACGAGCGGGGGCACGGACGUGGCCUGCGGCGACAACGGGUACGGCCAGUGUAACAUUCCUGACCUCGUCGCAGGCCAGACCUACACGCAGGUUGCCGCUGGACGAGAUCAGACAGUUUUGCUGACGAGUGAGGGCACGGCCGUGGCCUGCGGCUUCAACGGGUACGGCCAGUGUAACAUUCCGGACCUCGUCGCAGGCCAGACCUACACGCAGGUCGCCGUUGGAUACCUCCACACAGUUCUGCUGACGAGCGAGGGCACGGCCGUGGCCUGCGGCUUCAACGGGGAGGGCCGGUGUGACAUUCCGGACCUCGUCGGAGGCCAGACCUACACGCAGGUCGCCGCUGGAGGAGGUCACACAGUCCUGCUGACGAACGAGGGUGCGGCCGUGGCCUGUGGCUACAACGGGUACGGCCAGAGUGACAUUCCGAACCUCGUCGCAGGCCAGACCUACACGCAGGUCGCCGCUGGACGAGAUCAGACAGUCCUGCUGACGAGCGAGGGCACGGCCGUGGCCUGCGGCUGGAACGGGGAUGGCCAGUGUGACAUUCCUGAACUCGUCGCAGGCCAGAUCUACACGCAGGUCGCCACUGGACACCUCCACACAGUUCUGCUGACGAGCGGGGGCACGGCCGUGGCCGGCGGCAACAACCGGGACGGCCAGUGUAACAUUCCAGACCUCGCCGCAGGCCAAACUUACGCAGCUCUUGACAUGCGAGCGCUGCUUCUGCAGGCGUGGCUCGACGGCGAUUCGAUACGUUUUGUGGCUCUUGGCGGGGUGGAGCGCUACCGGGUCGCCGCCGCGCACUCUUCUUGCAUCGCAGGCGUGCGCGACCAGUUGAUGAGCGGUUGCCGCGCAGGCAGGUUUGGCCCCGGAGUCACACGGGUGGAUGCUGUCCUGCCAGAUGGCCGGCUAUUGAGCGACGUGGCGGCGGAGGAGACUGUCGCCAGUGCCUUCGGGCUCGCCGCGCCAGCCUGCGCCGCCAGCGACGGGCAUAGCUCAGAACACAGUGUGUAGAACGAGAUCGGGCGCGCCUACUUCAUCUCACAGACAGCGAAACGAUCAGUGCCACCAGGCUGCAUACGGCAGCCCCCGCCUCCGCGCCAGUAUAGCAUUGAAGUGCCCGCGGGGAGGUUCCAGUGAGAUCCCCAGCAGGCCCGGUAGAAGCUGGGCCUCCGCGGCCUCUGGCACCCUCGGUGUACCACAUGGCAAAGGAGGAGGCGGAGGAUCUUCUGAUCAUCCUCGUCUCCUGCCCGAGCCCACCAACGGCACUGUACAGAACGCCGCCCUUCGCAAAAGUGUCACCUGGUUUUCCGGCUCUCUCCGGCCUGCCACAGCUGGCCGACGGAGCUUGAACGUGCCGCUGCCAGGGGAAUUCCUGUCACUUUUUGUGGCUUUCAAUGCCCCGAUGGCCCCUAGAAAAGCCAAUGCCGUUGCAUCAUAGACCACUGGGCAGGCGAACCUUGGAUCUGCUCGCGCAGCUAUCUCUGCCGAUAAAGGCAGCCGCUGUGGAGGUUCUGGCCAGGGUCACGCUGCACACAAAAUCCUCAUCCUCAUCCUUACCCUCAUCACAUUCCGCUCUCUCGUCGUCCUCACCUACCCUCACUGGAGCGCCUGUCCGUGGACUGCAGCAACACAACGACGCUAUUGUUUCCC